CCGGAUAUUCAAGUCGGUAUUGGCAAUGAUAGCAGCGAUACGCUGAAAGCUUCAACCGAAGAGAUUGCGGAAGGAGGUGAUCAUUCAGGAGAACCGAAGACGUCGGUUGAACGUCCGGUGGAUCCAACAGAGAUAUUUUUUAAUUCAUUUUUAUAUCUUAUUUUAAAAAAAAAUAUAAUUCAUGUAUGCUGAAAAUUUGGGAACUACUGUAGCCUUUAUUUUAUAUAGGUCUUUAUCUAUUAAAUUCAUGUAUUUUUUUUAUAGAAUUUUGGCUUGUGUUUUUUUUAAGGAAAAUGCUAUUGAACCGGAUAUUCAAGUUGAUAUUGGCAAUGAGAGCGGCGAUACGAUGGAAGCUUCAACCGAAGAGAUUGCAGAAGGAGGUGAUCUUUCAGGAGAACCGAAGACUUCGGUUGAACGUUCGGGGAAACAUACCAUGGAAGAGCAAAAAUGUUCUGAUGAUUCAAAUAAUUCUGAGAUGAUCGCACAGGUGCUAGCAAAUAUAGCAGAAUCAGAAAUGACUAACAAACAACUUCACGCAGAAAAAAUCGAGGAAAACACCAGCUCAACUGUCUUAGAGGAACCCCAGGCAGCAGUUUGUAACGCUCAGCCGUUGUCUCAGUGGUUGUUGCCUGAUGAGUAUUUACCAAGCCAAACCCCAGGGAAAGAAAUCAUGUUACAUCCAUCAGUCACACGAGCUACACGCCCCAGUAAAUACAAGUCUUCACCGUUUGUGACAGAUUUUGGUAGUAGUUCGGGCAAGAAUCAUGUACAUGGGUUUGAUAAAAAAUAUUCAUUCUAGAUAGAUCCCAUUACUGGUCCACUUGAUGUACAGAUGGUGAAUGAAUACCGUACUUGGCUCCGAAACGGUCUGCUCGUGAGGCACGAUAGCAAAAAGAACAACGAAGACCAUUACAAAAAAAAAAUGGCAGUUUUUGACAAUGUAGUCAAAUACAAUUUUGGCAUCACAACUGUCAAUGAUAAGAACUGGUUUUACCUGUUAUCGAUGGAUGGUCAACUUUGGAAUGACGAGCACAUUGACGUCAUUUUCUAUUACUUUCGGAAGAAAGGAAAGUACGAUAAAAGGAACAAUUUCAGCUUCACCACUGUUGACUGCCUAUUCAAGCAGAGAAUUGAUGUGGUCCACCACGCAUAUCGUAAUGUUGAAACACAGACAAAUGUCGCAAAUGAAGAGCAAGUAUUGAUUGAGUACGUUAAGGGUCACAGACUUAUUGCCAAUGUCCCGUGGCAUACCGUUGACAACGUGCUAAUACCGGUGAAUAUACAAGAAGAAAAUCAUUGGUUAUUGGUACUCCUUUCAUUCAAGGACAGGCGUCUGUAUGUUUACAACUCGUAUCAAUCAGCCGGGCACAAUGCAGUUGUUAGGAAUGAAAUAAAAAAGCUUGCUACACUGCUGCCACAUUUCCUACAUCUGGCUGGAUUCUAUGUAAAUAAAAAAAGCAUAGAUUUGGUGAAAGACCCAGCGUAUGCGGAUAAGGGACAAAUCGAUAUCCUUGAAGUUGUCUAUGUUGAUAAUCUUCCGCAUCAAACUGCUGGUAGCAUGGACUGUGGUGUUUUUGUGGCAGCGUAUGCUGAGUAUUUGACAUCGGGUGAAAGGAUUCCAGAUGUCAUUGAUGCACACAUGCAGCGUAUGAGAUACGGUGCACUCUUAUGGGACUACGCUGAAGGCAAGGUUGCUGACAAUACAGAGAGUGAUAAUGAAGUUCCACAAAGACCGAUUAGGCCAGCAAUCGAUUACGACACAGUAGAUGCAAUUGAUGUUUGAUAAAUACUAUUCAUGCAUUCGAUGUUUUUGGUCCUUUUUUCAUUAUAGCAAACAAUCUGAUGCUUUUUAGAUGUAUUUUGACUAAUGUUGGAUAAUUAUCAUUUAACCAAAGAAA